CGGGGGUCAAUAGGAGUUUUACAACUUUUUUUCCUGAUUGUGUUGGCACUCGGAACGUUUAUAUUUACUUUACCUACUAUUUAUGACGGUAUGACUGUAAUGUAAAAUUUGUCAUCGCCUGGGCGCUGCGAUCAUGGCAACACAUCCUGAAAGAAAGGACGAGAGGUCUGGGCGCCUGUCUUCGUGCAGUUUCAAGCGUCUGUCCUUGACUUUCCUAAUAUCCAUCAUGGUUGCUUUCGUAGCAAUCUACUGUGGAUUACUGAGUCGGAUGAAGAUCGAGCAAUGGGAAUGGAGAGAGGAAAUGUUGAAGCGCGAUGUUGGACCGGAAGGUGUGGCGUUGUUCGAUUCGUUUGAUCGAAAUGGCGACGGCUACCUAAGCCUUUCUGAGUUUGAGCCGUUGAUAGAUAGACUUGUUGGACCGGAAAUUUCCAGUCACACCUAUGAUGAAGAAAUUGAUCCAGCAGGAGAAGUAAUAUUCCUGCAAUCCCAUUUUGAAUCAUUAAAGUUUGAGAGUAUGUCCAUUGAUAUGGAUAGAUGGAGUUACACCAAUCAAGAUUCCCCAGUAUCAGGACUUCGCAAUUGGAAGAGAGCGGCCAUUGAGAUAAAACCAUUUGGUGUAUCUAUGUUCAAAGCCUUUCUACCGGACGAUGUCAUAUCAGUUGGAGAUGUCUACACCAUUGUAUCAUCCAAUCUCAACUACUUCAGUAGUACGCUGUCAAGUAACAGAUUUUUCCCACCCAGAGUCAGAGACAAAGAGAUUGCAAUCCAUCAAUUACUGAGCAUGUUUCAUGCCAGACCAUUCGUCCAUACAAGGUUUGGUCCGCAAGGAAGCGUUGCAUUGGUCAGAGCUGAGAACGAACAGUUUGUGGAUAUAGUGUUUAGAAUCCAUGCAGAAUUCCAAUUGAAUGAGCCACCGAUUCACCCAUUUUGGUUUACACCAGCUCAAUUUACCGGUAAUAUAGUUAUAAGACGUGAUGCAUCCCAUAUCCAUUCAUUUCACAUGUAUGUUCCAACUGAUCAAGGCCUUAAUGUGGAUAUGGAGUGGCUGAAUGGUCCGACUGAAACUGAGAAUAUGGAAGUGGAUAUUGGUUUUCUCCCACGAAUGGAACUGCAAUCAGAUGCUGAAUCUGUUCCAGUUAUGACAGUCUUGCCUUCUGGGGAGAAGGUGAACAUUCUUGAAAAUGAGGAGGCCAUAGAUUUACCAAGCUCGUCUCAAAAGCCGAUAAGGUGGAAUUCUGAAAUUGAUUUACAGAAAGCAUUUACGUUAUUAGAGCGAAACCUUUAUCCUUUUAAGAAGAUACCAUAUCUCCCGUAUUUGGAAGCAUUGAAGGUGGCUGAAAUAGAAAAUAAACUUGUACAUCUAAUAUUACUUUGGGGAGCACUUGAUGACCAGUCUUGCUGAGGUUCAGCCCGGACUCUUCGUGAAGGACCCCUUCAGAGUCCGGGUAUUAUAAAACUUCUUUCUGAGAACUUUGUCAGUUCUUGGUCACUGGUUGUUACAAUGAAAUCUAUUCAAAGUAAUAGUAGUUCAGCUUUAGAUGUCCAGCUCGCAACAAUAGCAUUGGAUCAUUAUAGUUUUCCAGUGGAGAUGAUGGUCAUUUUACCCAAUGGUACUGUGGUGCAUCAUGAGAAUGCUAAUCAGUUGCUAGAUUUGCAGUCAUCAACACCAGACACAGUGUUAGAGACUAUCCAUGAUCCACUUGAAUCGGGUUAUGCAAGAUUUUUGAACACUGGAAUCGAAAAGGCUAAAAAAUUUGCUGAAUAAGAAGACAAAUUUGUUGCUAUUUUAUUUUCCCACCAAAUAUAUAUAUAUAUCAAAUAACUUGUAUGAAUAUAUUGCCUUAAUUAAUUGUUAUAAACAUAUCUUUGUUUUUCAGAAAUAGUGACAGGCUAUUAAAAUCCAUGUUUUUCUUACAGGAAGCAUAGUGAAGUUAGAAGUACAUACUUCAUUUGUAGAAAUCAGCAGUACAUUAUUU